AUGCACUGUCGGCGGCAUCAACGUUACAUGGUGAGUGCUCUCUCCCAGCCAUGGCCGCCGAGCACGUCAACUCAUUCCGACGUCCCGCUACUGUCACACACAGCCCUGUGCUCCCGUUCCCGCCCAUCUCCUUCCUCAUACCUGCACCGGCUCUCCCUGUCACCCCACUCCCUCACUCCCAUACUUCCCUGCCACCUCCCUCUCACCCAGCACCCGCAUCGCGCCGAAAUGUCGGGCUCCUCGCCACGGCUCACGGUCGCACUGCUUCUGCUGAUCUGCGCGGUGCCCGCUCCUCCCACCGCCAACGCGCAAUGGACGUAUCUUCCCCGCAUAUCUCGCGGCGCAUGGCUGCCGCACUCAUUCGGCUCCACAUCCCGCCACGUCGUUCCCGCUGACGCCGACGCCGACGCGCAACCGCUGUUCCCGCAUGCGCAGUCCAAGCUGACGUCAUCGCUCUCGCUCGCCCCCUGGAUGUUUCCCUUCGCCCGCCCGCGCUCCUUUCUCCACACCGCCUCCCGCGCGCAGUCCCCGCCAGAGACCGACACGCGUGCGCCCACAUUUUCCACGCUCACGCUAGAGCGCGACCAGCCGCCCAAACCGCCCAAGGAAGUCCCCCAAGCCUCCCCCCGCCCCCCCCCUCCCACCCCCCUACCGCCACCGCCGGAGUGGCCAUCCACGUACGCGGGGGUCGCGCCGCUCGCGACGGACCCGCCGGAAACGCCGCUCUUCGAUGUGCAGGAGGGGUUCGGGGCGGUGGGUGACAACGCUACCGACUCGUGGGCCGCGUUCGACGGCGCGUUCCGCGCUGCGUGUGAGAGCGCGAAGGGGAGCGGCGGGCGCGCGAUAGUGCGCGUGGGGGAGGGCGCGUUCUUCCUGGCGAAGUCCAUCACCGUCAACGGGUCGUGCGGCGCUGGCCUCACGCUGCAGGUGGACGGCACCAUCUACGGGCCGCUCUCCAAGGACGGCUACCCCACGCCCUCACUCUACCUGAACGGCACUAUCAUUGGUGUCGCCAGCAACGGGCUGUUUCAGUUCCAGGGCAUGAAGGGACUGGUGCUGCGCGGGGAGGGGGCGAUAGACGGCAAUGGGAGGAAGUUCUGGGGGUCCAAGGCGCCCACGCGGCCACACAUCAUUGCGCUCAUCGACUGCCGCAACACCACCAUUGAUGGGCUGCUGCUGCGCAACCCGCCGAUGUACCACGUGUUUGGGUAUGGCACGGAGGGGCUGUGGAUCCGCGGGGUGACGACCAACAGCCCCGAGACGUCCCCCAACACGGACUCGCUCAAGCUGAUCGGUGUGCGCCACGCGCUCAUCGAGAACUGCACCUUCCAUGGCGGGGAUGACGACGUGUCACUCGUUGCCAGGGGCGCUCAGAGCGUGGUGAACGUGACGGUCAGGAACCUCAUUGCCACGGCCGGGCACGGCAUCAGCAUUGGAAGCCUGGGCGCUGGAGGGGCAGUGGCGUGUGUGUCUGAUGUGACCUUUAAGGACCUCAUUAUAUCUAACCUCGAUAACGGGCUGCGCAUCAAGACAUGGCAGGGUGGCCUGGGGAUGGUGCGCAAUGUGCGAUACGAGAAUGUGUACAUGACCAACACUGACAACGCCAUCACACUCAACCAGUUUUACUGCGACUCGCACCAGGACUUCUUCUGUGGCAUAGCGCCUGACAACGUGGCACUGGUCAACAUCACUUACUCCAAUGUCUAUGGCACCACCUCACGGUAUGGAAUGAACAUCCGAUGCAGUGCGACGGUCCCCUGUGGCGGCAUCAAGCUCAACAACGUCAACCUUGUCUCCAAGGGAAGCUCUCUCCGCCCCGUGCUGCUGAAUGUGGUCAACAGCCAGGCCACAGGGGUGGUGGCGCCUUUACCGCAAGGCAUGGGGUCGUAUGCAGGUCGGCUGUACGCGACGGACAAGGGCCUCAAGGUGUCGAGCAAGGAGAGGGGCAAGGAGACCAACGACCUGCUGCUCUCGCUGCUCGCCCGUCUGGAGAAGGACAAGGCGGAGGUGCAGCUGAGCCCCGAGGACAGUCUGCACGUGGAGGGCUUUGCAGAGCGCGUCUUUGCCAAGGCGGACAAGCAGGACCGCGCCGGCCAGGCCGACAUCUCCACGGCCAAGACGUUCUAUGCGGCGGGGCUGUUCUUCGACGUCAUGCGCCAGUUCGGCGAGCUGCCUCCUGACGUGAGGAUGCCCGGCACUGCGCUCUUUGUUGCUAACGCACUGCUCGCUGCUACCCUCCUUCCUCCCCUUCCUCUCUCCACAUUUCUCUUUCUAAAGGGCGUCUUCCUCACUCCUUCCCCGUUCCAUCCUAACCCCUCGUACCCACCCCAUCCCCCCUCCUUCCUUCCUCCUUCCCCCUCCAUCACUCCCCCAUUUUUCCCUACCGCCCCCACACGCACCUCCCUCCGCGGGCAGGUGGAGCAGAAGCAGCGGUACGCGGCGUGGAAGGCAGCUGACAUCCGCAAGGCACUGGCAGAGGGCCGCCAACCCACGCCUGGCCCGCCUGCUGCCGAUGCUGCCGGUGCUGCUGCCCUGCUCUCCGCACCUGCCGCUGCUGCUGCUCCCUCCACAGCCCCGGACAGUGCUGGUGGGGCUGGUCAUGCGACACAGGGAAGCCAGGUGAGUGCGGCAAGGACAGCAGCAUCGGGGGAGAGCAGCAGCAGCACGACAUCCUGGGUCUGCCGGUGCCGCCCUCAGUGCAGCCUCUCCGCGCCGACCGCAGUGGAGCAGCGCCAGGGGGGAGUGGGGCAGCAGCAGGGGGAGGGGGGUGCUGGUGGGGGAUGGGCACAGGGAGGCGCGCAGCAGGGGCUAGGGGUGGGGCGACCCCAUGGGGGUGGCGCUGCAGCAACAACAUCGUCCCUCGGCCCUGCAGGCGCAGGCGCACCAGGAGCAGCAGCUGCUGCCCCGUCCUCCUUCUCAGCCCCCCUGCCUACUGCAACGCAGCCCGCUGCCAAAGCCACCACAGGAGCUGCUGCAAGCACAGCCACAGGCACAAGUGCAGGCUCGGGCACAGGCAUGGGAAUGGGGGGGCAGGCCCCACCAGCGGGUAAGGUGGGGGACGCCCACGCGCUGCGCGCUUUGCUCCACGCGAUUAGACGCUUCCUCGCCGUCCUCCUGCUCGCCGUCGCGCUGCCCUUCAGCAGCUUUCCCCAACGCUCGUGGGCCGCCAAACCGCCAGACCCAGCGGCUGUGGCGGCGCCGGUAGAGGAGGCGGCGGCGGCGGCGCGGCUGAACUACAGCGAGGCGCUAGAAAAAUGCAUUUUCUUCUUCCAGCUGCAGCGGUCCGGUAGACUGCCGCGCUCGCAGCUACCCACGUGGCGUGGCGACUCGGGACUCACGGAUGGCAAGGCGGAAGGG